GAGAGCAAUGUAAAUAUUAAGAGGCCCUCUUUGGAAUGCAACUCCCCCUUCAUUCCCGUGUCUUCUAAAUGUGUUGACUUAUUCGCUUUUUACGCCUCGUAGACAACUCUUUCUACUCUUCAGCAAUAAGAGGAUCUCUUUGGUUUGUGCGAAACAAAAACUGUGGGAGGACAUUGUGAAACCGUACUACAAAUAAUUGUAAUUAUAAAAAGCGGUAAGUGGAUAACACUGACGCCUGUGUGACGAAUUCGCGUCCUUUUUCGCUGCCAGCGGACCAAAAGUGCGAGGCCAACGUUUGCAGGACAUGCGUUUCGCUUUGUUCCUCCUUGCCAGCCCUUUUUAGUUGCUAAAGGUUAACAGGAUGCCAGAAGUUUAUCUCAAGGCACUGAAGUACUCGUCCUUAAAAGACCUGAACAAUGAGCUCAGUAACAUGCAAAAGCUUAUUACCACGACACCAGCUAAAAUGCUGUUGGCAAGUGCCCAAAAGCUUCCGGCUACAGCAGAAGAUUAUUUGAAAAAAGGUGAUCAAGAACAGGCCUAUAUUCUGUUCAUGCGCUUCACCCACCUGGCUAUGGAAAUCGGCCGAUCACCUGACAUCAAACGCGAGGAUACCAAGUCCGUCUUCAGCAAUACUAGCAUUAAAAGGUGCUUAGAGCAAGCAGAAGCUCUAACUAAGAUCCUUGAAAGACGAUAUAAGACCGCGGAAGAGGAGAAACUACUGCGAAAUGCAGCGAUCGAGGCCGUUAAGGCCCCGCCAGAGGUUACUGUAGCGCCGAGCAACAAUUUUGCUGGAGCAGCAUCCAACAAAGCCAAAGAUUACACUGAUGAGUUGACUUGCAUAGAGCUGAACGAGCUGGUUAAUCGAUUCCGAGGCACUGGUGGGUUGUUGAUCAUGGAUGUCCGACCGCAAGCUGAUUUCCAAGAAUCGCACAUAGAUGUGCCCUGCAUUAUUAGCGUUCCCAAAGAGAUUGUAAAGCCUGGAAUCACUACAACCAAACUUGAGGGACAAUUGCCUGCUGAGUCAAGGAAUCUGUGGAAGACCAGAAUUGGAGCCAAAUAUGUAGUUCUUGUAGACUGGAACAGCACCCUUAAGGGCAUGUUGCCAAUGUCUGAAAUCUAUUACUUGAAAACCAUCUUGCUCAAGUGGGACAUUGGAGUUCGUUAUGAAAGAACACCGUUAGUUCUUCACAAAGGGUACUCCGAGUGGUUGGAUAUGUAUCCGUCAAUAACAACCAACCCAAGGGUGGAAGCUAAACAUUCUCCUGAAGAUUUGGACGAUCUUAUAUGUUUAGAUAGCAUCGAUUAUCCAGACCUUUUGAGCCAAUCGUCGCCAUCCAAUCCUUCCCCGCUGUUCAACAGAAGCUUGAAACCUGCACCAAUUCCUGUUGUUAAAGAAGCUUUUGUCCAGCCUAUCAAGCCUGAAAUUGUGUCUGAAAUUCUGCCAGCUGCAACCACGCAGCCUAGCAUCCCAGUAUUUGACAGGACGUUGAAGCAGCAACUGGUUGAUAAGAUUCAAAAACAAAAGGACGUUGUUUUAAAUGAAGCGGUAGAUAAACAGAAGGAACUUUUGGAAGUAGAGAAGAAGUGGGAGAAAUUUCGGCAAGCAAAGGAGAAUGAGGCAAACGAUGAGCUGCGGAAGAUGGUGGAACAGGAGUAUUUAGAUGAAAUUGCGCGCCUGCAAGAACAGUGCAAGAAAUUGGAUCUUGAAAACAAUGAGUUGAAAACUAGAAUUAAAACUGAAUCAGAAACACCUGGGGUAAAAGUGCCGCCGGAAGUUGACGCCAAAGAUGAAGAAUUGGGAAAACUGAAAGCAGUUACCACCCAAAUGGCCAAAAAGAGAAUUUUGCAGAGCGAAAAGAUUCCUCGUAUCCCGCCACCGCCCUCAAAGUUUGUGGAAAAGUCAAAGCCAACUGAUAGUUCAGAAAGAACUAACAAACCACCACGAUUUGAGCCUUUGAAGAGGGAACCCUCCGAGUCAUCCAACCUCUCUCGAUCCCACUCAUCUCCAAAUAUUAAAGAUAUGGAUGAUGAUAUGCCGCAGUUUGAUCGAAGAACCAAACCAGCGCCUCACAGGGAACACUUCCUGCCUCGGGUAGAAAAAAGAGAUCUGAGUCCAGUUUAUGGCACCAAGGGACCCGGCCUCACUGGACUAAAGAAUCUAGGCAACUCGUGCUACAUGAAUUCGAUCGUUCAGUGCAUCUCCAACACAAAUGAAUUAAGGAAUUACUUCUGUGAGGGAUCGUACAGGGAUGAUGUGAACACUAAUACAAAAACGCGGGGACAAAUUGUGGAAGAGCUGGCUCUUGUGGUCCGCGCUUUGUGGGCUAACGAGUAUAGAACGAUAGCUUGCAGAGACUUUAAGAGGGCGGCUGGAUCAUAUCACGUUGAUUUUGGUGGUGUCCGACAGCAGGACUCGCACGAGUUUCUGACGUUACUGAUGGAUUGGCUCCAUAAUGACCUGAACAAGAAGCACCACAUCAAGCAACGGAUCCCUCCUGCCCAAGAACCUGAGGAGCCGCCGCAGCAAAUCGAAGAUAUGGAGGAGUCGGCUAAAAUCGCUUGGCACGAUUUUGAAAAGUGCAACGACUCACGGAUCCUACACCUUUUCUUUGGCCAGCAGAGCUCAACAGUGCGGUGCAACUCGUGCUCCUUUGAGUCUGUAACUUUCGAGCCCUUCAGCACGCUCACCCUUGUGCUUCCACAGAAUUCAGACAAAUGUUCCUUAAAUGACUGCUUGAACCUGUACCUAGCCCCAGAGCCUAUUCAAGAGUGGCGGUGUCCUAAGUGCAAGCUAACACGCCGCGCCACCAAAAAGUUUGAUAUUUGGCGACUUCCACCAAUUCUAGUCAUUCAUUUCAAACGAUUUUGCGAGGACAUCGCGUGGCGGAAGCAGCACACUCUAGUGGAAUUUCCGCUUCAGAGGCUGACGAUGACGCAGUACACAGUGAGACCAAACCAGAAACACACCUUCUACGAUUUGUAUGCCGUGUCCAACCACUAUGGCACCAUGGAAGGUGGCCACUACACCACAUACAGCAGGAGCGCAACCUUCAAAAAGUGGUACAAGUUUGACGACGCUGAUGUGUCUGAGAUCUCCGAAUCAAGUGUGCGUUCCAACGCAGCCUAUAUUCUUUUUUACGCAUCUCAGAACCUCAGAAGUUCCACCUACAUCUUGCCCAGAGACCGGUAAAACUCCAGCGUGACAAUGCACCGAUUGUGCCAUUAUGUGAUAUUUUGAGACUUCACAAGGCGCGGAACAACUUGCAAGACGGCUGAAACUGCAAGUCUAUUAUUUUUCCCCACUCAAUUUGACCAAGAUAUGUGACCGCUGCCUCAUCUGUUAAGAACGUGUUGUGUUUGACUUCAGACUUGUCUGUUAAAAAUUUCAAAGCCAUAUAUAUAAUAAUUUAAAAAAUAUUCUGUAAGUUUUAAUUCACCUGCAUUUCAUCAAGGAAGCGAUGAGAAUUUUAAAUGUGCGAAAGAUGCCUUUUCAAGUGAAGAUUGUUGUUUCAAGUCAAGUUAUAUAGUUGAAAUAUAAUUUUAAGAUGCUGAAACUCAAAUCUAGAAUAUUAUUUAACCCUCGAGUCAUUGAACUUGGGAGGUCAAGUUGUUGUAAGAAAUCCUAAUCCAGAAUUAGUUUUGAAAAAGAGAAUUUAUCCAUUGAUUAAAUAAUAAUUGAUACAAUCAAUUAAUAACAGAA